AUGGAGAUAUUCUACUACCUUGUGUUCGGGGGCCUGUCGGCGGUGGUGGCCGGGCUGGAGCUGGGCAAGAGCGGCAAGGACCGCGUCGCAACCCCCACCGCAUUCAACGCAUUCAAGAACAACUACGUCCUAGUAUACUCCCUAAUGAUGUCCGGCGACUGGCUUCAGGGUCCCUACGUGUACUACCUCUACAGCCAGUACGGGUUCGACAAGGGCGACAUCGGCCGCCUCUUCAUCGCCGGAUUCGGCUCAUCCAUGCUCUUCGGAACCAUCGUAGGAUCACUAGCAGACAGGCAGGGCCGCAAGCGCGCGUGCAUCACCUACUGCAUCACCUACAUCCUCAGCUGCAUCACCAAGCACUCCCCGCAGUACCGGGUCCUCCUCCUCGGCCGCAUCCUCGGCGGCGUCGCAACCUCCCUCCUCUUCUCCGCAUUCGAGUCAUGGCUCGUCGCCGAGCACAACAAGAGAGGCUAUGACCCGCAGUGGCUCUCCAUCACCUUCUCCAAGGCUAUAUUCCUCGGAAAUGGUCUCAUCGCCAUUAUAGCUGGCCUCUUUGCUAACCUGCUUGCUGACAACCUGGGCUUUGGUCCUGUGGCUCCUUUCGAUGCCGCCGCGUGCUUCCUGGCAAUUGGCAUGGCCAUCAUCAUGUCCUCGUGGACUGAAAACUAUGGAGAUCAAUCUGAAGGCAAGGAUCUCAUGUCUCAGUUCAAGGUUGCCGCCAAGGCAAUCGCUUCAGAUGAAAAAAUCGCUUUGCUGGGAGCCAUUCAGUCGCUGUUCGAGGGCUCAAUGUACACCUUUGUCUUCCUCUGGACUCCAGCCUUGAGCCCAAAUGACGAAGACAUUCCCCAUGGUUUUAUAUUUGCAACCUUCAUGCUGUCGUCUAUGUUGGGUAGCUCCAUUGCAUCACGCCUAUUGGCCCGCAAGAUGAAGGUUGAAGGCUAUAUGCAGAUCGUGUUUGCAGUAUCAGCCUUCACACUUUUCCUCCCAGUUGCCACCAGCCUUCUGGUGCCGACGUCUUCAGUGAAAGGAAGUGGCAUCUCAUUUGGGGGCUCUCUACAGCUGCUUGGUUUCUGUACCUUUGAGUCAUGCGUCGGCAUUUUCUGGCCAUCCAUCAUGAAAAUGAGAUCUCAGUAUAUUCCUGAGGAGGCAAGAAGCACCAUCAUGAACUUCUUCCGCAUUCCACUGAACCUGUUUGUCUGUGUGGUGCUCUACAAUGUGAAUGCUUUCCCUAUCACCGUCAUGUUUGGCAUGUGUUCAAUCUUCCUCUUCAUGGCGGCAAUCUUGCAGAGACGGCUCAUGCAUUCUAGUCUGGUGCUUUCCACUACUGGAAAAUUCCUUUUUGUCAAGUGUUGGCGUCUUUUACCGAGUGCUAUUCGUCGGGCAUUCGGCAAACAUAUCUUUGCCGAGUGUCAUCGAAAAAAUACUCGGCAAUAA